GAUCCUGCUGCGUUACAAAAUGAAGUGGAAUAUCCACAAUAUUAUGGAUUUUCUGACUGUCUAUCAGAAAUAUCCAGCACUGUGGAACGUAAAUGACAAAGAUUAUCGUAAGACCAGACACAAGGAUGAAAUUUUUGAGUGCCUCUAUUGUGAACUGGAUGAUAAGCAGUUGAUUGGGAAAAUGGAUAUGAAACAACUGAAGGCUAAAAUCAAAUCAAUCAAAGACGUUUACAGGCAGGAACUGCACAAGAUAGAGAAAAGUGUGCAAAGUGGAUGUGCUUCUGAUGAAGUUUAUACGCCAAAGCUUGCCUGGUUCAACGGGGCAUAUUAUUUGGAAGAUGCUGUGUCCACAAAAAGCAGCAAUCCGAAAGCGGAGCCAGAUGAGUUUAGCGAAACCGGCCAAAAACAUGUCACGGCCGACAGCAACAAUUGCGAAGAAAGACGUUUCAAAAGCAAGAUGCUUUUGAAAACACGACUACCAGCGACGCCGAUGGAACGCGAGCGAGCUAAAAAGCGAGUGGCAUAUGAAAAAUCACCAACCGAACUGUCGGAAGCGAUUCUGCAACUAAAUAAAAUAGCACAAAACGCAACCGAGGAGAAACCGUACGACCAGUUUGGAAAGUUCAUCGCAGCCGAGCUUCGUCAGCUUCCGGAGCGACAAGCCGUCCUGCUGCAGCAGGAAAUCCAAAACUGUAUCAUAAGUUUUAAGUUGUCCUCGCUGGAGAAUGCAAAUAGGUCGAUUCCAUAACCGUCAUGUGACUAUUAGCACGUUUAUCCAUAAAGUAUAACAU